GCUUCAGCGUUCCUUUCUCCUUUCCUCUCUGUUUCUCAAAUGAAAAUCGCCACUUGGACGAUCGUUUCCUUCCUCUGUGUGGUUCCCACAGCUGCCCGUCUAUUGCGCGAUAACAUGGACCCCGCAAACUCGGCUUUGUUUACCUCAAAAGCAAUGGAAGAAGCCCUCGCAGCACCCUCCCCCGAGGCCGUUUCUAUGACUGGUGGUGGAGAUUCGCCGGUUACUGACUGGAUCGACGAGUUCAUCGAUUCGCUCAAGUCUUUCGCGAGUAAUAAGUUGCUGAGUGUUGCUAGCAGAAUCAUCGACACUCUCGGUGAUACUAUUGACGGUGAGGACAUGUACUUCAACUUCAUACCCAAACACGUCGCUACCUUGAAAACUGACGGGCAGUGGCACCAUUACACAGGGAGAUGCUUCCGGAAUAUCAAAGUUCGCGCUAGCCUUCAAUCCGACGGUACUUGUAUCAUAGAGGCUGAUUACCGUAAUGCUAUCUCUUGGACAUGUGCUGAGUACGUCCUGUACGGCAACGUCGAUGACUUCCAUAUGCAGUACAAGAUCAUUCGAGGCACUGAGACGUAUAAAUGGACUGCAAAUCACGACAAGGUUCACGUCUUCGACCUUAGCACGUCCCUGAGCAACGCAGCCCAAGGCGUCAUCAAAACCGCCGACUUUCUCCUUGGUAGAGAUGUCGAGGAGUUCCUCAAGCAUUUCAAUCAUCUCCAAUUUGAGAAGCGCGCCGAACCAGGCGCAGUGGACAUAAAGGAAGAAGAUAUCCAUCCUGGUGAUGUUGUUAUGGUGACCAACCUCCAAGGUCAGAGUGCUGCUAUAAUGUGGGGUGGUGGUUCCAUUCCAAGUCAUACUCUGAUGUUCCUGCGUGAUCCCGAGACUCAGAAGCUCCAUGCCGUUGAGAGCUGGGCUGGUGGUGUACGCAAGCUCCCUUUCGAGGAAUAUCUGAAGGACGACGCUGGAUGGUAUAACAACGCCGUACUCGUUCCUUUAAAGGAGGAACUCCGUGACAGCUUCGACAACGAUGCUGCCUGGAAGAAGUUCGUCACUGAGUUCGAGGGCAAUGACUACGGAUUCGGCAACUUCCUCUUCACUGUUGUAGAUACUCUCAAGGACAAUUACCCCUGUCUCCCAAUGGAUGGCUACCAAACCUGCCUAUCAUGGGAGUUUGUUGAAGUUGCCGUAGGUCUUGUGGAGCGAGUGAAGCCCGACAUGGCUCAAUUGAUAUUCGGCCAAGCUCUUAAUCAUCGCCUAGGCACCGAAGGCCUCAGCUUGUCUGAAGUAGUCAAGACUGCCGAUGCCAAGUUAGAGGGAGGCGCGGCGAUUCUCCCCACCAUUCCGGAAAAUGAUGACUGGACUUACGAUACCCAUCGUAACGGCCAAGCUGUCAAAGGGCCUAGCAGAGUUUGCAGCGCUCUCGUGUGUGAGAUGCUUCGUGCUGGUGGUGCUCUGGGAAAUCAUGAACUCUCCUGCUCUGAGUUCACCCCAUGGGAUGUCUACAGUAUGAACAUCUUCACCACUCCUACCUAUCAACUCAAGGGGGAUUACGCUAUCGACUUGACCCAGCCUGAAGCACUACGCCUCGGCUACAAGCCGGUUACCGAUAACAUGGCUCAAAAAUGUGAAAGUAUUAUCACCGCGAAUUCUUAUUAUGAACGAGCUAAUGGGUGCUAACCUAAAAUCAUGUCCAGUGGUACUUGUCGCAUAUUGUCAAUACUUUAGACUAUCAUAGUGUUA